AUGGAUCAGAAGGUGUUUGCCCAAAAACUCCCGAAGCCUACCAUAAUAUUAUACACGAAUGAUCCUGAAGACGUGAUUAUGGCUGAGGACAAUAUUAGUUUUGUCUGUAAAACUGAUGUAAAAGCUGAAAGAUUUAACUUAUAUAACAACAGCAGCUUGAUACUACAGCAGACUGAGCCAACGUUUAAUCUGUCCAAGGUAAUGAGCAAGCAGACUGGAGUAUACAAGUGCGACUACUGUUAUCAGUCAACAUGCUCGGAAACCAGCGAUCCGGAGUAUAUCUACGUCAAAGAAACUUUUCCAGAACCAGAGAUAACUGCCAAGCCGAGGAAGAUCGUCCAUUCAGGAGACAACAUCACAAUAACAUGCAGAGCUCCGUAUCCAAAUCUACACUUUUUUCUAUAUAAGGGAGAACAGGAGGUCAUGAAUGACAUUGCUGUCGGAAACGAAGUAUCAUACACAAUAGAAAGCGCAAGCAACAAGGACAUCGGACAAUAUGUCUGCAUUUACAAGACAAAAAAGGACAGCACCUAUCAGAUGGAAUCUGCAAGGAGCAACCCCAUCAUGAUAAGAGUUAAAGAUCUUCAGAGACCUUCCAUUACCAUUGGAGUUGACCCUAGAGACAGCGAAAACGUAAUUAUCGACUGCAAGUCUCCCACUAUACAAAACUGGAAGUGGUUCCAACUGCUGAAUGACAGUAAAGACGUUGAAAAUGAAAUCCAGUCCGAUAAAAAUACGGUACAAUUUACUGUCAACAGAACUGAAUAUUCCAAAAAGAGAUUUUACUGUAUUUACCGCAUACGGAUAGGGGACGACUUCGCUGAUUCUAAGCUGAGUUACUCGAUAAUUGUAGAUCAGGUGAUUGAUUACACCACUAACAACAUCAUCCGGCUUUUGUUAUCAGCAGUGAUACUGCUAGUCCUUGGUGUCAUUGUUUGGAAACACUUCAGAUUUUUGCAAGAGAGAACACAGUAUCUCCCCACGUUGCCCCCAGCACUAGUUGCUGAAGACAAGUCCAAAGGAAAUCCGGAAAACCCAGGGGUGGCAUACAUACGCGACCCCCAAGAGGAUGCUAUUGUAUUCGAUACGCUCUAAAUAAAACGCCUGCUGUUUGCAGCUGUAUAUCCCUGUCUCUAGAUUCACAAAAUGGCAAGUUUGUCCUUAAUUAACUCAAAAUCGUAUUGUCCAAGAGAAUGGAAUCUUACUUUGCCAUCUUCAUAUU